AUUCCCUUGGACUUUGGAGAGGCGAAAAUCGCGCUAAAAUCGCGCUACUGCUAGGUGAAAACGGGGGUGAAAUUUGGUGGGUGAAAACUGAAAAGUGAAAAGGUAAUCCUGGGCCUGGCGCGACCAAGUUGCAAAAUUCAAUAUGGCUGCAGAUUGGAAGCGAUUGUCUUGCAAAGCCGAUGCCUUAAAUUUAGCAAUCACUCUUGCAUGUGGGCAAGCAUUUAGGUGGAGGAAAACAAAUUUUGAAGAAUGGUGUGGUGUUCUAUCUGGCAAAGUUUGGACCCUCAAGCAAAGCUCUGAUGAGAUCUUUUACAAAAUAAACUGUCCCAGUUUGUCAGAGUUAGACUCUACUGCAAAUGAGAAUAUUCUGAACGAUUAUUUCCGAUUAAAUAUUAAUCUUAAGGAUCUUUACGAAAGGUGGAAUAGCAAAGAUGAGAAUUUUAAACAUGUAGCUUCAAAUAUUCCUGGCUAUCGUCUACUUCGACAAGAUCCAGUAGAGAAUUUAUUUAGUUUCAUUUGCUCUUCAAACAACAAUAUUGUUCGUAUAAGUUCAAUGGUAGAAUCAUUAUGUGCCAAGUAUGGAGACAUCAUUGCUGAAGUUAAUGGUGUAGUAUAUCACGAUUUCCCAUCAAUUGCCACAUUAGCAAAACCUCAAGUAGAACAGGAAUUAAGGGAGAUGAAGUUUGGUUAUAGAGCUAAAUUCAUUAAUGAGACAGCUAAAAUAUUAAUGAAGAAAUCUGAUAAAAAUUGGUUGAUGUCAUUACGAGAUGUUCCAUAUUCAGAGGCACAUGCUGAGCUCUGUGAGUUGCCAGGUGUUGGAGCCAAGGUAGCUGAUUGUGUUUGUCUUAUGUCAUUGGACAAAACCAAUGCAAUUCCUGUUGAUACUCAUGUUUGGCAGAUAUCAUGCAGAGAUUAUAAUAUCUCAGAGUUAAAAAAGAGCAAAACUUUGACAAACAAAGCUUACAAAGCCAUCGGUGAUCAUUUUCGUGAGCUCUUUGGACAACAUGCUGGCUGGGCUAAUUCUGUUUUAUUCAGUGGAGAUCUGAAGAAAUUUCAAAAUUUCAAGACAAAGAAUGAUAAUGAUAACAGGAAACUAAAAAGAAAGUCAAGUACUACUGUGACUACCAAAAACAAGAAGGAACGUAAGAAAUAAGUACAUUAUAUAUAUAGAUCUUCCUA